AUGGAUGUGGAGUGGUCUGAAUCGCGGUAUGAUGAUAGGAAUGACAAAGACGAUUCCCCUGUGAGGGAGCAUUAUGAUGAUGAUGGGGUAGACAAGUCUAGCAGGCAUAGGAGCAAGGAUAGGAAGAAGAGUGAUAAGGAACGUCCGAGUAAAGACAGGGAUCAGCCCAAGAGGGCUUCUGAAGAUGUAGAGAAGGAUAGAGGUGCUGGAAGGGAACGUAAUAGGGAUGAUUGGGAAAAGGAUAGGGGUAAAGAUGGUAAAGUAAGGGAGAUAGAUUAUGAUAGAGAGAAAUAUAGGGAAAAGGAGCGCGAGAGGGAUAGGGAUAGGGAUAAGAAAGAUCGGGGUAAGGAUAGAGACCGGGAGAAAGAAAGAGAGUUGGAGAAAGAUAGUGAUCGAGUGCGCGAGAAGGAGAGAGGUAAAGAGAAAACUAGGGAUAGGGACAGGGAUAAGCCAAAGGAAAGGGAGCGAGAGAAACAUAGAGAUAGAGAAAGUUAUCGAGAUGGAGAUCGGGAUAAGGGGAAAGAAAAAUUUAGAGAGGAGAGGGAGACUGAUCGAGAUAAAGAUAGGUCAAGGGAUAGAGGAAGUAGAAAGGCUCAUGAGGAAGAUUAUGAAUCGGGUAAUCUUGAUGAUAAAGUGGACUACCAUGAAAAGAGAGACGAGGAGGUUGGCAAGCAUGCAAAGACUUCAAAACUCAAUCAAGAUGAUAAAGAUGGUGAAACAUCAACACACUUGUCACAAAAAGAACUUGAAGAGCGUAUCUUGAAGAUGAAAGAAACAAGAACAAAUAAACAAUCUGAAGCAGCUUCCGAGAUCUCAUCAUGGGUUAAUAAAAGCCGCAAGCUUGAAAAGAAAAGAGUAUCGCAGCUCUCAAAGCAUUUUGAGGAGCAGGACGAAAUCGCAGUAGAGAGAAGUGACGACGAGGAUACCGCCCAUCACACUGAUCACCUGGCGGGGGUGAAAGUUCUUCACGGCCUUGACAAAGUAGCAGAAGGUGGUACUGUAGUUCUGACAAUCAGAGAUCAGCCCAUACUUGCUGAAGGCGAUCUUAAUGAAGACGUUGAUAUGCUUGAGAAUGUGGAAAUUGGGGAACAAAAACGCCGAGAUGAUGCUUAUAAAGCUGCAAAAAAGAAAACUGGCAUAUACGACGAUAAGUUCAAUGAUGAUCCCUCUGCAGAAAAGAAAAUACUUCCAAAAUAUGAUGAUCCAGUUGCCGAAGAGGGUUUAACUUUGGAUGAAAGAGGAAGGUUCUCAGGCGAAGCUGAAAAGAAACUUGAAGAGCUCCGAAGAAGGUUAACUGGUGUUUCCACUAAUAACUUUGAAGACCUUACUUCAUCUGGAAAGGUAUCAUCAGACUACUAUUCUCAUGAAGAAAUGCUUCAAUUUAAGAAGCCCAAGAAGAAAAAGUCCUUACGGAAGAAAGAUAAGCUGGACAUUAAUGCUCUUGAAGCUGAAGCUAUCUCUUCAGGAUUGGGUGUUGGUGACCUUGGUUCUCGGAGAGAUGCAAAGAGGCAAGCCAUCAAAGAUGAACAAGAAAGAUUGGCAGCUGAAAUGAGAAAUAAUGCUUACCAGUCUGCUUAUGCUAAAGCAGAUGAAGCCUCCAAGUUACUUCGUCCAGAACAAUCUCUGUACAAUAAAACAGGGGAAGAUGAAACCCCAGCUUUUGCAGAUGAUGACGAGGAUCUUUGUAAAUCCUUAGAGAAAGCAAGGCGACUAGCUCUUAAGAAACAGGAGGAGAAAGGAGCAUCUGGCCCUCAAGCUAUUGCUUUACUUGCUGCCUCAAAUCCUAGUAAUGAGACUGUUGAUGAUCCAAAUUCUACAGCUGGAGAGUCAAGAGAAAAUAAGGUGGUAUUUACAGAGAUGGAAGAAUUUGUCUGGGGUCUUCACAUUGAUGAAGAAGCACGUAAGCCAGAAGGUGAAGAUGUUUUCAUGCAUGAUGUCGAAGAGGCAAAUGUUCCCGUCGAGGAAAAGAAAGAUGAGGCUGGCGGGUGGACUGAGGUUAAAGAAACUGAAACAGAUGAGCAACUCAACUCAGAAGACAAGGAAGUGAUAGUUCCUGAUGAAAGUAUACAUGAAGUUGUUGUAGGGAAAGGACUGUCAGGUGCACUGAAACUGCUUAAAGAUCGAGGAACACUUAAAGAAAGCAUUGAAUGGGGUGGCAGAAACAUGGAUAAGAAGAAAAGCAAAUUGGUUGGGAUUGUAGAGGAUGAAGGAAAGGAAGUACAGAAUAAAAAAGAGAUUCACAUUGAGAGGACAGAUGAGUUUGGGAGAAUUUUGACUCCUAAGGAAGCCUUUCGAAUGAUUUCUCAUAAGUUCCAUGGCAAAGAACCUGGGAAAAUGAAGCAGGAAAAGCGUAUGAAGCAAUUUCAAGAAGAAUUGAAAUUGAAGCAAAUGAAGAGUUCAGAUACACCAUCGUUGUCUGUGGAGAGAAUGAGGGAAGCUCAGGCUCGUAUGAAGACACCAUAUCUUGUUCUCAGCGGCCAUGUUAAACCAGGACAAACUAGUGACCCAAAAAGUGGUUUUGCUACAGUUGAGAAGGAUCUUCCUGGAGGCUUGACACCUAUGCUCGGUGAUCGGAAGGUUGAGCACUUUCUGGGAAUCAAGAGGAAAGCUGAACAAUCAAGCUCAAAUAUCCCAAAAAAGACGAAAUAUUGA